AUGGCGGAAGGCGUAAACUCCGCGCCGUGUGACUUGUGUCACGGUCAGAACGAAAUAAACAGAAAAUGUCUGUCCUGUGACGAGUUCAUGUGUGAAAACUGCAGCAGGAUACAUUUAAAGAGCAGACAGUCACGUGACCAUGACAUUAUAACCAUCGCUGAUUCUGAAAAGUUGACAGCACUAGUGCCGUACCAGCCCCGCGAAGACGAUAAUCGGGAAAACGAUUGCGUCAAUGAGUUCUGUGACGAGCACGUAGGAGAGAGGUGCAUUUUGUUUUGUGUUACUCGUGGGUGCGAUUGUCUGGUCUGUCGAGUUUGUAUUUUAGAUUAUCAUCAGGGACACCGCUUCGUUGAAAUUGAUGAUAUACUUACGUCAUUUAAGCGUCACGAGGCCGAAAGAAGUCGCGAUGAAAUCGAAAGCAGCAUCCUGCCGUAUCUUACUGAGAAGAAAAUGCUACUGACUACAGCCAGAGAAAGCGUCUUAAAUGACAUUCAAAGUAAGAAGGAAACCGUGAAACACAGGUACGAGGACCUACGAAAAGAGUUAGAUAAACAUUAUCAAACGACUCUGUCUAGUUUAGCUAAUGCUGGCAAAGCCAAUAUCGAGAUCAUUGACGCGUUAGGAAAGUCUAUAGAUUUUCACCUAACACGAUUGAAAGAUAUCCUGUCUAUUGGCGAUAAAAGUGCUGAGAACAGAAAUGAGAUCGGAGAUAUAAAAUACGCUCGUAGGUUAGAAAAUGACAUUGAAAGUACCCCUGAGGUGUUGAUACCAAGCUUCAAUCGACUCAUGUUAAAUACGCAUGGAAAUUGCACAAUUUCCGAUAUCUUUGGCGAUCUCGAAGAAGUCUUCGAAUGCGAACCGGAAGUUAUAUCAAGGUCACCAACGGGCUUCCCUGAAGUGUCUUCUGUUUGUCCCGUAUCACCAUUUGCUGCUUGGCAUGGACAUUAUAAGCAUAGAGGAAUUCAGCUUUUGGAAGUGGAUGAAUGUGAUCAUCUUAUUCCCGGUGGCGGAUUCGGAAAAUCUGGUGUUUUGAAUAUGGCUGCUACUCCUGAAGGCGAUAUAUACAUGGUGAUCUAUGGAAGUCAUGACGUCAUCAUGUUAAAAACUGACGGAUCAGUUGAAAAGAUUUAUGAAACUCGACCAUAUGUUGCUCUAGGGAUUGCAGUUACCAGAAACAGAGACAUUUUGCUCUGCCUUGCCGAAUCAUACCCGAAUGAAAUGAAUCCUUCCGGAAAGCGCCGAGUGGCUCGAAUAACGAACUUCGGUAUUACGCGCCAAAUCAUUGAAAAAGACACAGAGGGACUCGACAUUUUUGUGUAUCCAUUCCGUGUAGGCGAAAAUAUCAAUGGUGACAUUGGCGUCAUUGAUCACGUGGGUGACGCGGAAGGAGUACUUGUGACGCUAAAUGCGGAAGGCACCACGAGAUUUAAGUAUAAUGGCUUGGAACAAAACGAUGGACAAGUGUGUAAUUUGACGGACAUAACAUUUGACGGAGAGGGGUGCAUUCUUAUGUCUGAUGUGACUAACCAGUGUAUACAUAUGUUGUCUAAGGACGGGAAAUUCCUGCGCUUUAUUGAUGUGUUCAUUUACUAUAAUACCAAAUUGUCCCCCACUACUCUUGCUGUUGACUCCUCGGAAUGCCUCUGGGUUGGAGGUGUCUCCAAGCAUAGAUACUUCAAUAGAACAGAUGCCAAUGUUGUACGAGUGAAAUAUAAAAUGUAA